AUGGCAGGCCCCAGAGCUGGUCUCAGUCCGCUCCUUCGAUCGGGGCUCACUGUCCCCUCAAGGAACUGCUAUGCGAGAAGCUUCCUCCAAACACGCAUGGUACUGGGAUGUCGGAGAUGGCAAAGCACAACCACCGAGCGCACACGAUCCAAAGACGACGCAGCUUCGGCUGAUCAACCAGCCGAUCUAUCGCAUCUAAACCCAGAACCGGAAGACUACUCGCGAUUUAUCUUUCAAGACAAAUGCCACGUUACAGCGUAUGCCGGCGCCGGUGGCAACGGAUGCGUCUCAUAUCUGCGAGAGAAAUACAUUGAGGAAGGACCUCCAAAUGGCGGUGAUGGUGGUAGCGGAGGUGGCAUCUACAUACAAGCUGUCGAGGGGUUGACCAGCCUGCACAAGCUCGCACGAAGGGGAAUCAUCAAGGCUGGCCGAGGAAAGAAUGGACAGGGCAAAAGUAAGGGAGGAAAGAGAGGUGACGACGUACUUCUCCAGGUGCCUGUUGGGACAGUUGUCCGCGAAGUUGAUCGCCACGAUCCAGUCGCAGAAGAAAUCGCUCGCGUGCGGAAAGCCAAAGCUGCCCCAGUUGAUGAAGAUGAAGUCGAGUUUACACCUAUUCGAUAUGACCGCUGGAUGCUUCAUCCAGGUGCCAACCCGGCCGAUUUCUUGACGGUCAAGUUCCCGCGACUCAAGCCACGAAGACAAGCUAUCGCCGCUAUGGAACCAAAAGCGCCCAUCUAUCUUGAUCUUGACCAACCCAUGGAUAAGCCCAUACUACUAGCCGCAGGUGGUGCUGGUGGGUUAGGCAAUCCUCACUUCGUCACCCGCUCGAUGGGUCGACCCAAAUUUGCUUCACGCGGCGAGGGUGGCACAAAGCUUGAACUCGACUUCGAACUGAAGUUGCUCGCGGAUGUCGGAUUGGUCGGCAAACCUAACGCUGGGAAAAGCACCCUGCUACGUUCUUUGACCAACAGUCGUACCCGUAUUGGCAACUGGGAGUUUACCACACUCUCUCCUCACAUUGGAACUGUGAUCAUUGAUGACAACAAGGGUCGUCCCCUGGUUGACUCACAUAAGACAGCUCGCCGAACCCAUUUCACUAUCGCUGAUAUCCCUGGCCUGGUAGAGGGUGCUCAUCUUGACCGGGGACUUGGACUUGGGUUCCUCCGUCAUAUCGACCGGGCUGGUAUCCUGGCGUUUGUGCUCGAUCUCAGCAAUGGUGAUCCCGUUGAGGAACUACAGAAGCUCUGGCAUGAGCUUGCAGAGUAUGAGCGCCUGAGGAGUCUUGGCCCUGAGCCUGCUGCGGAAGAUGAGUCUGGUGUCGUUGAUUGGGACCCAUCUCAUCCGGGGCUUCCUGAGCUCGAUCGGCCGCGCAAGCGAAAGUUUGAACUGGGAUCCUUUGAUGACCAGGGAUCCGGACAGGCUCUCAACUACCAAUCCUCAGGCACUCUACCUCCACUUACCAUGCCACCCCUCUAUACGAAACCGUGGUUCGUUGUCGCCACCAAGGCUGAUAUCGAAAGUACACAGGAAAGAUACCAUGCCCUGCAGAAAUAUCUAACUGAUGUGGAGCAAGGCGCAGUGGACCAUCCGUCUGGUAUUGAAAAUGGCUGGAAAGAGAAGCUGACCGCUGUACCGGUUAGUGCCAUCAAUGGCCAAGGAGUCUCUCGAAUUCCGAAGCUGGUGAUGCAAUAUCUGGCAUAA